UGGCGUUCGGUCGUGUUUUGUUCGGUUUCUUACUGGAACACGUUUUUUCAAUUCGCCUGGAUGUGCAGUGGGAUGUAGUCUUUCCUGCAUCAUAAUCACACCCUUCAUCUAAAAGCAGACCUUAGGGAGGAAUGAUAGAUUUACAGCCGCUCCGCUUGCAGAUUGGUUUGGGCUCCGUUGAUAAUUUUGGCAGUAGACUAACGCUUUUUGCAUAGACCAGAAAGUGUCUCGGAUUAAUCUGGAAUUCGCUUUAAUACAUGAUGCAUAAAAAUUGUUGAGGGCUGCGAAAGGAUGCAAAACGUUGAAUUGACUGUCACUUGAAUGAAAUAUGUGAUAGAAUUGUUGCAAUCUGGGUGCAAUUUUUUUGCCUGCUAUAUUAGAUUGUGCUCAUGUUUUGUGUCAGUUUCAAUUUAAAAAAUCGAAAAAUACAAUACAGAAAAGAAAGCAGAGUCGUGUAAAUAAACGUGAAGCUUGAAAAUGAGCUGUCCCGAACAGCGAGAGUCAACAGCGUGAGUGAAUAGCGUAAAAAAAAACACUUCGUGGGCUUUUUGGGCUGCACGUAUUGGUGGGUUGGCUAGAAUCACAAGAAAACGAAGAAACGAGAUAAAAUCGUAAAGUGCUGAUUCGCGGAGCUGGUAGGGUAGGAAGAAAGAAUGCGUGAAUAAAAAUUGAGUGAUAAAAGGUGAAGUGCGAAGAGAUAAAGUAAAAUAUAGCAGUAGGCGAUUGCAAGAUAUUUAAUAAGUUCGGUUUUUAUCGUCUGUGCUGGAAAACGGGAAAUUGAGACGAAGAAGUGGACGAAGUAAAAAAAAAGCAGUCGCGCUAAAAAUGUAUAAUCAAAUUUCAUUCACGAUCGUGGCUGCAGCAUUGGCGGCAUUCUUUUCUUCAUUCGUUCGGUCGGAGUUUCAAUUUACGGUUCUGCCCAAGUAUACCCAAGCGUAUGAGGGCGAGUCUGUUGUGUUCAGGUGUCGAGCUUCCUUCGACGAUGAGAUCGACUUUUCCUGGACCCUGAAUGGCAAUCCCAUUCGACUGGAUCAUCGUGUGUAUUUAAAUGGUUCCAAUCUGCAUAUAAACACCGUUUCACAGCAGUUGGACAGCGGGAAUUACGUGUGCUUGGCGACGGCCGAAUCUUCCGGGGCCCGGGUAGCGACUCCAUCGGCCAAGCUGGAUGUCAUUCGAAUUUCUUCUCCAGUAGUCCAAUUGAUGAAACAUGAUAUGGACAAGGGUGGAUCUGUUGUACUGAAAUGUCAUAUUGCUAGUAUGACUGGAGGAUCCCGAGACGAUGAUGACAUUCGAAUCGAGUGGUAUAGGAACAACGAACGACUCAUCAAAUCGGCGCAUAUCGAUUUUCAACGUCGGAAACUGCACAUAAAAAAUGCAACAGCCAAAGAUAAUGGCGUCUACAGCUGUCUGGUGGUGCACCGUGAAACCGCCUCCGGUCUCCAGCCGGAAGCGGUCCCGAGUGUCAGAAACUACCGGCUUAAGCUAAAGGCCACCGCAAUCGGCGACAACGGUGUUGAAAUGGGUAAAAUCGACUGCACCAAGAGCCAAAAUUUGUUACUAUGCCGUGGAAAACGAGGUGAUAAACCGAUGGCGGCCGCACUGACCGCUAGUUCCUCACUCUCUUCCCAGUUGUCCGCCGGUACCGUUGCUGCGGAUACUGUAGCGUCCGCGUUGGUACAGAUCGUACAACAUCCGGCCAAUACGGUGGUCAAUGAGAGCGCUCCGGCUAUUUUUAAUUGUAGCUUUCAAACGGCUCCUAACGAGACGGCAUUCAUCCUCAAGUGGCGCAAGGAUGGAAAAGUGAUCCGCAAGUGGGACAACGGAGCCACCGAACUGGACGAGGGCAUAACUGAGAGUUCGAUGUUUCGGGAUGACGCCCGAAUUCAUGUGGACAGGAACAAUGGAUCGCUUGUGUUCAAUUCGGUUAUUGCCAGUGACGAGGGAAGCUAUGACUGCCAAGUGACUAACAAUGGAAGCGAGUUUUUGGUAACGUCGAAAGCAGCCGAACUACAGAUUAUAUCUAAUCUUCGAUUUACACCUAAACCACCUACCUCAAAGAAUCUUGAGCUUGGUUCAGUAGCGAAAAUUCACUGUAAAGCUCAGGGCACACCAUCACCGAUGGUACACUGGAUCACCGAGUCGAGUAGGACGGACCUUCCGUCGGCGGUCGAAGAUGUAAAUGGAACACUUAUAUUUCGUACCGUUAGUACGGCCCAUCGGGGCAACUACACAUGCGUCGCAUCCAACAGCCAGGGAGAAAUCAGUGCUUUGGUCAUAGUUAAUGUCGUAGUGGCACCCAAGUUUGAAGUUGCUCCCGAAGGUUCCAUACAGGUGGUGGAAAUGGGUACUGUUCAUAUUCACUGUGUUGCCACCGGAGAUCCUAAGCCAACGGUUCAGUGGGACAAGGAUCUCCAGUACCUUCACAGUUCGAAUCAGUCCGAAGAGAAUCGUUAUCGCAUUUUGGAGAAUGGUACGUUGGUACUCAGUGAAGUACACUUAGAGGAUGACGGAAAGUACGGAUGUACGAUUGGCAACAGUGCUGGAUUGAAACGAGAGGAGGUUCAUCUGAUUGUGAAACCGGCUGAUGGUAUGCCUCUACCGGAAGAAUCCUCUGAGGAUGGUUUUUUAAUUACUCGAGCUGUUCUCAUCACGAUGUCCGUCGCUUUUGCCUACAUUAUUUUGGUAGUCGGUCUGAUGCUGUGGUGUCGUCAUCGGCGAGCAGCUCGGAAAGCUCGUCUCAAUAUGAGCUCCAAGGAAAACGGAGAUGUGGAUAUGAAGAAUUGUGAAAUCGAACCAUGCCUUCCGGAGAAAUCUUCACAGGAGACCAAGUCAAAAUCUUCCAAGAAAACAGGACAUCAGAAAAAUGGAUCCACUGCCGAUGGUCAGGAAAAAAGUGAUGACACCGUAAAUUCUACUAAGUCCAAGAAAUCCAGUAGCUCUACCUCUUAUCUGGACCAGUUAUCCGUUAACCGUUCCAGUCUUAUCGAUAUGCUGCAAAUAGGAAAGUGUGACUUUGGAGAUGUGUUCAUUGGUAAGAUAAAAGAAAACGAUUGUCGAACGGCCGCUGUGCAGGAGGAAACUAGCCGACAACCAGUAACCGGUGAUGAAGUAGUUCACGCAGACAAAGCCACCGAAGUAACCAACGAAGAUGAGAAAAUCACGAAAAAGCCUUCCAACGAGGAGCUCAACGAGAUCAAGCUAGAGAACGACUAUAAGCUUGUGAUGGUGAAGGCACUGACCAAGGUGAAAGAUGAAAACUGUUGCUCAGAGUUUCGCCGACAACUGGAUCUCUUCAGGAAUGUUUCCCACAAGAAUGUAGUCAAACUGUUUGGGUUAUGCCGAGAUAAGGAUCCGCACUACAUGUUGCUGGAAUACACUGACUGGGGAGAUUUGAAACAAUUCCUACUAGCCACGUCGCCUAGCAUACCUCCCAACGGUAGCGUUGAGUCCAAGAAUACUGCCAAACCUCCGCCACUUAAUGUACCACAAAUACUCGCUCUAGCUCAUCAAAUUGGACGAGGAAUGGAUGCUAUCUACAAGGCUCGUAUUAUUCAUAAGGAUCUUGCAACGCGCAAUUGCAUAAUCAGCAGUGAUUUCUCAGCUAAAAUCUCGCUACCUGCGCUCAGUAGGGACAAAUACAACAAAGAGUAUUUCAAGUUCAGGAAUCAACUCUUGCCGGUACGAUGGAUGGCUCCGGAGUGCAUUCAGGACGACGAUUACUCGAUCAAGAGUGAUAUCUACUCGUUCGCAGUGCUUGUGUGGGAGCUUUUCACUCAGGCUACCGAGAUACCAUUCAAAGAUCUGACCGAUGAGGAAUACGUAACGCAGGCACAAGGAGGUAAACUAGAGUGGAAGUUGGCGGAGAAAACACCAGAAGGUCUACACAAGAUACUGACAACUUGUUGGUCAGCGAGUCCCAAGGAAAGGCCCUCAUUCAGUCAGCUGGUUGUCGCUAUCGGAAAUUGCCUACAGAGCGAGUAUCCAAAGGAACCAAUGGAGCAGAUAGUUUGAAUUAUGAUGGAUUUGGGUCCAACCGACAGCAAAAGAUCAUGACUUUUCUAUGCAUUUAUAAUGGUAUCGCCCAACAUUAGUAGCCUGCAUCGACAACGGCUAACACUUUAUACAACGAUAAUUAUUGCAAGAAAGCAUUUUAUGAUUACUGCUAUUAACUGUAUUAUAGUAUUUAUUGCAAGCAAAGUAUUAGAUCAUUAUACAUAUUUUUUAUCUUUCCCAUAUGAGAGGGGGAUUUAAAACUAUUCGUUCGAAAUGUACUGCUGGUGUUUAAUAAUUUUGUCUGUGACAGAAGAACAAGAAAACAAAUCAUAUUACGGAGCAUUUAUUUAUCGAAUUGAUAGCAUCAACCAACCGUAACGUAAAACCGUAAACGUACAUGCAAGUGAAGACUUAAUAUUGAUAAUGUAGCUAAGCAAAACUUACAAACAACAGUUUAUCAAUAAAUUAUCAACCGGACUGCAUUAUUGUAUGUGUAAGAAAUAAAAAUUAUACUGAUAGAUAUUUAUACAACUCAUGCAAAUAGGGUUAGGUUAUAUAUUACAAAUUGUCGCUCAGAAAAAUUGAAGCAGUAUUUUACUACUCAAUUGUAUUGGCCAUUGAAGCCAACCAUUUACUGCGGAAAGUUGAAACCACUAAACAAAACUAAUAAACUGCCAGUUUUCUAACCAAAUAAAGCUGUAUAACAACUAAUAUUUUAAUCAGUGAUAUUCGCUUUCGGAUGUCAGAGAAAUAAGGUUCGAAUUGCAAUACCUAAUCGUUCUUUACAGUCCUCCAGUUUAGUAUGUUAUCAAUCAAUCCUUUGAUAUUUAGUUCAUUGUAAAAAUUAACCUUGGCAUAAUUGAGGUAGUGGAACGGUCUUUUUUAGAGAAUCAAACAUACCAAUAUCCAAUAGUUUUUUUUUUAUUAUAUUCAAAGAAAAUUUUCGUACAACUUGAAAUCUAAUUCCGUACAUCUACUAGAAAAGAGCACAAAUCGUAGCUAAAGUUUAAUAUGAAUAUUCGAGAAUUUGUCUCUCAACUAACAGUUACUCUUGCCUUCAGCUUUUUGUGUAGUGCCCUACAAUAGCAGCAUCUACUAAUCACUAUUUCUAACCAGUCACUAAUGUCGCAUUACACAAU